UACGGACAGCCAGCCCAGAACAUACUGUGGCCUAUUUCUGACUGACCGACUGACUGUUCUCCUCUUCCAUCACUGGGCUCAGCACCAUGGCGCUAAAGCAGGCCUUCUUCCUUAUCACCUUCUUGACCCUGACCCACGGCCAGCAGCAAGCACUGCUUGAUUAUUUGGAGAGGCGAUUGCUAGCUAUUGAGGACCGCAUUUCGGUGUGGCAUGAUCAGACCAAUCGAUACGCAACUGAACUGAGGGACUUCAAACAGCAGAUUGUUGGUGUCUUAGAGAACGUGGAGAAAGAACGAGAGACGCUGCGUUCUGAUAUGGAAAAUGUCAACACCCGUGUUGAUCGCAUGGAGAGGGAGAUGGACUACCUGGAGACCCAACACCCUGCCCCACCAUGUGUGGAAGUGGAUGACAAGCUUGUUGAACAGCAGGUCACUAAAGUGAAGGAGAAGAACAAGGGCAAGUAUGAGAAACUAACAGAUUGCAGAGAUAUGAUCUCUAGCAUCAAGGCCAUGAAGAUUGUCAAGAGGAUAGGUGGACCUAUAGGACUAUGGACAAAAGACCCAGUGGCUGAAUCAGAUAAAGUCUAUGUUUUCAACAGCUCACAUGGACACGUCAUCUAUGAAUUUGCCACAAUACGUGAACUUACCUCAUCCUUGGGAUUGACACGGGCCAGGAAAAUCAAGUUGCCCUUCCCGUGGGCUGGCUCUGGGCACACUAUAUAUGACGGCUAUGCUUACUACAUCAAAGAAGGCCAGGAGUUUCAAGUGAUUAAGUUUGACCUGAAGAAUGAGAGUGUUGUGGACAGUGCUGUGUUUCCUUCUGAGGAGCAGGUACCAGUCUAUGGCCUCUCCCCUCAGACCUACAUUGACCUCGCAGCAGAUGAAGAAGGCUUAUGGGCUAUUUAUGCCACCAAGGAGAAUGAGAAAAACAUCUGUUUGGCAAAGAUGGACCCCAAGACUUUAGAUAUUGAGCAGAUGUGGGACACACCUUGCCCCCGGGAGAAUGCAGAGUCGGCCUUUGUAAUCUGUGGCACCGUCUAUGUGGUUUAUAACACCAAGUUGCCCAGCCGCUCUCGUGUGCAAUGUGUUUUUGAUGUCAGUGAUAUGGUGACCAGUGAAGAUGCCCCCCUCGUCUACUUUCCCAAGCGUUAUGGCUCUCACUCAAGCCUGAAGUACAACCCCAAUGAAAAACAGAUCUAUGCUUGGGAUGAUGGCUACCAGAUUCUCUACAAGCUAUCCAUGAAACAGAAGCUGGAUGUGUGAGGACCACAGACUACAGCAAGAUCCAUUCAUCAAUUUAGCAGAAAAACAGAAAGUCCACCAAAGUCAUUACCCCAACAUCCCCCUUUGUGGUGUGCCAUCCACCCAAAGUAGAGUUGCUGAGGGUACAGGUACCAUUUGGUUUUGUCUGUAAGUGAGGCUACAUAUCAAAAAUGAUGAUCUUUUUGUUCAUUUUAUUUCAUUUUUUUGCCAAUGCUUAUUGUUAUAGUAAACUUCAACGUAAUCAUUCAUUACAUUUUGCACCAGUUAGUUUAUUAUUCUCCCAGAUCUGUUUUUCUGUUACUCAUUAAAUGCUAAUAUCAGUAUCCUUACAUUUUGCUCGCAUUGUUUUCAGUAAUAAAGUUUGUAUCUUGCUGAUUGGUCA